AUGCGGCUAGUUUUACCAUUCCUCGUGCUAGUCUCUUUGACUUUUGCUUUAGACAAUGGCUUAGCAAGAACACCACCCAUGGGUUGGAUGUCUUGGACUGCUUUUUAUUGUGAAAUGGAUUGCAAGAAGCAUCCCGAUGCAUGUAUUAAUGAAAAACUAUACAUGCAGAUGGCCGAUAGGAUGGUAGCCGAUGGCUUCAGAGACGCUGGGUAUAAAGGUGUUCAUGUUGAUGAUUGCUGGAUGGGUAGAGAACGUGAUGCUAAUGGUCGUCUUGUGUCUGAUCCAGAAAGGUUUCCAAGUGGAAUGAAAAACUUGGCGAAAUAUAUGCAUGAUCGCAGACUCACGUUUGGAAUCUACGAAGAUUAUGGAACAAAGACAUGUGCUGGUUUCCCAGGAAGUUAUAACUUCUUGAAGAUUGAUGCUCAAACUUUUGCUGAUUGGGAUGUCGAUUAUCUCAAACUUGAUGGGUGCAACAUUGAACUUGAUCUAAUGCCUAUUGGUUACCCGCAAAUGGAGAGAGAACUGAAUGCGACUGGACGUCCUAUUGUUUACUCCUGUAGUUGGCCGGCAUAUAAUAUUGAUCGUCCUGAUAAAGUUAAUUAUACAGUUAUUGGAGAGUUCUGCAAUCUAUGGAGAAACUUUGAUGACAUCAACAGUUCCUGGAAAUCUAUUCAGAGUAUCAUAAAUUAUUACGAUGCCAACCAAGACAAGCACAUCCCGGCUCAAGGUCCUGGAAAGUUCCACGACCCCGAUAUGUUAGUAAUUGGUAAUCCUGGAAUAACUGUUGAUAUGUCGAUUGCCCAAAUGUCUAUUUGGGCUAUAUGGUCAGCACCAUUGAUCAUGUCCAACGACUUGAGAGCUCUUGCUCCUGAAUUCCGUGACAUCUUGCUCAACCGUGAAGUUAUUGCAAUAGAUCAAGAUCCUCUGGGUAUUAUGGGAAGAUUAGUAGCAAAUACGUCUGAUAUUGGAGUCUAUGUUAAGCCUGUUACCCCAAUCAAGAAAGGGCUUACUUCUUUUGCCGUUGCCAUUCUGAAUCGAAGUCUUCAGACAAUCAAUAGUGUUGAAUUCACGUUAGAACACAUUGGAUUAAGCAAUUCUGCUGGAUAUUUAUUAAGAGAUCUGUGGGCUGGUAAAGAUAUUGGACAUCUGAAGCCAAAAGAUACGUUCAAAACGAUUGUCAAUCCCACUGGAGCUAUGCUUUUCAAAGCCACAAUUGCUGACACAAAGAGCUUUCAACCUUUUUAG